UCCACUUCUCGCUUGUUAUCUUGAACUCGAAGGCUCUCUAUCUCGUUGCUGCCGCCUCCGAUCAAAAACCGAUAACACAAAGAGGGAAAUCCGAAGACGAUGAGUCAUCAAGCUGAGUCAUCUGACUCGAAAGGCGGGAAGAAGGACUUCUCCACGGCGAUUUUGGAGCGGAAGAAGGCCCCUAAUCGGCUCAUCGUUGACGAAGCGGUCAACGAUGAUAACUCCGUCGUCGCCCUCCACCCUAAUACCAUGGAAAAGCUCCAGCUUUUCCGUGGCGACACUAUUUUGAUUAAGGGUAAGAAAAGGAAAGAUACCGUCUGCAUUGCUCUUGCUGAUGAGACAUGUGAGGAGCCUAAGAUUAGGAUGAACAAGGUUGUCAGGGCAAAUUUGAGAGUUAGACUUGCAGAUGUUGUAUCCGUGCACCAGUGCCCGGAUGUCAAGUAUGGGAAGCGUGUUCACAUUUUGCCCUUGGAUGAUACCAUAGAAGGUGUUACUGGAGAUCUGUUUGAUGCAUUUCUAAAACCUUACUUUCUGGAGGCAUAUCGUCCAGUCAGGAAAGGAGAUCAUUUUCUUGUUAGAGGAGGGAUGAGGAGUGUGGAAUUCAAGGUUAUUGAGACUGAUCCAGGGGAAUACUGUGUUGUUGCCCCUGACACUGAGAUAUUUUGUGAGGGUGAACCCGUGAGGAGGGAGGAUGAGGACAGACUAGAUGAGGUUGGUUAUGAUGAUGUAGGUGGUGUCAGAAAACAGAUGGCUCAGAUCCGUGAAUUGGUUGAGCUGCCACUAAGGCACCCUCAACUUUUCAAAUCCAUUGGGGUGAAGCCGCCAAAAGGAAUCUUACUUUAUGGCCCCCCAGGUUCUGGAAAGACCCUAAUAGCAAGGGCUGUUGCUAAUGAAACGGGGGCUUUCUUCUUCUGUAUUAAUGGACCUGAAAUUAUGUCCAAAUUAGCUGGAGAGAGUGAAAGCAAUCUUAGGAAGGCAUUUGAGGAGGCUGAGAAGAAUGCUCCAUCUAUCAUUUUCAUUGAUGAAAUUGACUCCAUUGCUCCUAAGCGAGAGAAAACACAUGGUGAAGUUGAAAGGAGGAUUGUGUCACAAUUAUUGACUUUGAUGGAUGGCCUGAAAUCCCGAUCACAUGUUAUUGUUAUUGGGGCAACAAAUCGCCCCAACAGCAUUGAUCCUGCCCUUAGAAGAUUUGGUAGGUUUGACAGGGAAAUAGACAUUGGUGUUCCUGAUGAGGUUGGACGCCUUGAAGUUCUUCGCAUACAUACCAAGAACAUGAAACUUGCUGAGGAUGUUGAUUUGGAAAGAAUUGCUAAAGACACCCAUGGUUAUGUUGGUGCUGACCUUGCUGCCCUUUGCACUGAAGCUGCCCUUCAAUGCAUCAGGGAAAAGAUGGAUGUCAUUGACUUGGAAGAUGACACCAUUGAUGCUGAAAUAUUGAACUCCAUGGCUGUAACAAAUGAACACUUCCAGACAGCACUUGGUACCAGCAAUCCAUCUGCUUUGCGUGAGACAGUGGUUGAAGUUCCUAAUGUUUCUUGGGAAGACAUUGGUGGCCUUGAAAAUGUCAAGCGUGAACUUCAAGAGACUGUCCAAUAUCCAGUGGAACAUCCGGAGAAGUUCGAGAAGUUUGGCAUGUCCCCUUCAAAAGGUGUCCUUUUCUAUGGCCCUCCUGGAUGUGGGAAAACUCUUUUGGCCAAGGCAAUUGCAAAUGAAUGCCAAGCCAAUUUCAUUAGUGUCAAAGGCCCUGAAUUGCUUACAAUGUGGUUUGGAGAAAGUGAAGCCAAUGUACGUGAAAUCUUUGACAAGGCUAGACAGUCUGCGCCAUGUGUUCUCUUCUUUGAUGAGCUUGACUCCAUUGCUACCCAGAGAGGAAGCAGUGUGGGAGAUGCUGGUGGUGCAGCUGACCGAGUUCUUAACCAGCUUUUGACUGAAAUGGAUGGCAUGUCAGCUAAGAAAACUGUUUUUAUCAUCGGUGCCACUAACAGGCCUGACAUAAUAGACCCUGCACUUCUCCGGCCUGGCCGUCUUGAUCAGCUAAUUUAUAUCCCUCUACCAGAUGAAGAUUCUCGUCUCCAAAUUUUUAAGGCCUGCCUCAGGAAAUCACCAGUCUCCAAAGAUGUUGAUUUGAGAGCUCUUGCCAAAUAUACUCAAGGAUUUAGUGGGGCUGAUAUUACAGAAAUAUGCCAGCGGGCUUGCAAGUAUGCCAUACGAGAGAAUAUUGAGAAAGACAUUGAGAGAGAGAAGAGGAGAAGGGAGAAUCCUGAUUCAAUGGACGAGGAUGUUGAGGAAGAGGUUGCAGAAAUUAAGGCUGCACACUUUGAGGAGUCCAUGAAGUUUGCUCGCAGAAGUGUGAGUGAUGCUGACAUACGGAAAUACCAAGCAUUUGCUCAGACCCUACAGCAGUCUCGAGGAUUUGGAAGUGAAUUCCGAUUUGCAGCGUCUGGAACUGAGAAUACCGGAUCUGACCCAUUUGCAACCUCUGCUGGUGGUGCUGACGAAGAUGACUUGUAUAGUUAGCCAUAUAGAUAUCCUGCACUUGCUUUUGCAAGUGAUGCUAUCCCCUCUCUUCAUGCAAUUCUGGUUACACAAGAGGAGGUGAUCCUCGCUUAUACAUUGUGUUUUAAUGUAUUUUAAAGGUAGAACUUGAGGAGUUUGUGGGAUUCUGGGUUGACAUUGACAGUUGGGGUCUCAACCCCUCCGAGGAUUACUGUUCCUUCAAGCUUAACUUAUUUUGUUUGGGAGAUUCUAGAAUUAAAAUCUUUAUCUUCCUAGACUUUUUUUUUU